UGGUUCAACACAGGGGGAUUUGCCGUUGGAAAUAAAUUGAACAUUUGAGCCAGCAUGUUGAUUUAUAGGCACAGUGGCUUAUUCGUGUUCGUAAACUGAUCACUGUUUCCUGGACACAAGUUGGACAGACUGCAUUAUCAGGGAGCGAAAGGAUGGUGCGGGUGGUGUUUCUCCACCCAGACCUGGGUAUAGGUGGUGCAGAGAGGCUGGUGGUGGAUGCAGCUGUAGCUCUACGCUCUCGCGGCUGCAGUGUUCAGAUCUGGACGGCCCACCAUGACCCCACACACUGCUUCUCAGAAACACUGGACCCAGACCUGAACGUGGUGUGUGUGGGUGACUGGUUGCCCACCAGUGUGUUUGGGUACCUGCAUGCCCUGUGUGCCUACCUCAGGAUGAUCUACGUAGCUCUCUACCUGGUCUUCCUCAGUGGAGUAGAGUAUGACGUGGUCUUCUGUGAUCAGGUGUCGGUGUGUAUCCCAGUCCUGAGGUUGUCUCGUCAGAGGAAAAAGGUUCUGUUCUACUGUCAUUUCCCAGACCAGCUCCUGACCCAGAGAGGCUCAGCUCUGAAAAAGCUCUACCGCGCCCCCAUAGAUAGACUGGAGGAACUCACCACUGGCAUGGCUGAUAUGGUGCUGGUGAACAGUUGUUUCACCGCAGGGGUCUUCAGGGAGACCUUCCGUUCCCUGGAUGGGGUCCAGACUGACGUCCUCUACCCCUCCCUCAACACACAAAGCUUCGACCGGCCCCCUGAGGAGCAGCUAGAGCAGGGUCUGGGGGGCUUGAUCCCUGAAGGCGUAUCCUGCCUCUUCCUGUCUCUGAACCGCUAUGAGAGGAAGAAGAGCCUGGGUCUGGCCCUGGAGGGCCUCUCUUCCCUGAAGACCUGCCUCGCCCCGGGGGACCAGGCAGGACUCCACCUGGUGGUGGCAGGGGGGUACGACGGCCGUGUUGCUGAGAACGUCCAGCACUAUGCUGAGCUGAAGGAGCUAGCAGCACGGCUGGGAGUAGAGGACUCUGUCACCUUCCUGCGCUCUCCCUCAGAUAGCCAGAAGGUGGCGCUGUUGCGGGGCAGCGCAGGUGUUCUCUACACGCCCAGCAGAGAGCACUUUGGGAUAGUGCCAGUGGAGGCCAUGUACUGCUGCUGUCCCGUCAUUGCUGUGAGGUCUGGAGGGCCUCUGGAGAGUGUAGGUGACGGGGAGACGGGCUUCCUGUGUGAGCCCACGGCCGAGGCCUUCUCCCUGGCCAUGGAGAAGCUGUUCAGAGACCCCCAGCUCCGCAGGGACAUGGGCCAGGCCGGCAGGAGGCGGGUUCAGGAGAAGUUCUCCCUGGAGGCCUUCUCAGACCAGCUGCACGGGUACAUCCUCAGGCUGACCCAGUGACACCUCUGCUGGGGUAGAGACUGGGCUGGGGUGCGUUAGCGGAGCAGCUUUCGGUAGAAGUCGCCCAUAGACACAUCUAGAUCAGCUUACCUUCUCUCAAUCCCUGCCGAAAUCCUAACCAAAGAAUGGAAAACUGACCUGAGAUCAGCAUCUCAUUGGUGCAACUUCAUCCUACUGCAGCUAUAGCCAGGUAGAGGUGGAUGGGCUAGGUAUGUAGGGAUAAAAUAUGGUUACUGAGGACUGGAGGACAGACUGGGGAGGGGGGGGUGCGCUGACUGAGGAGGACUCUAGACAAUUAGUCAUUGUUCCCCCAGGAGGGGUUGCUGAGGGAAUGGAGGGAUGGAAUCUCAGCUCCAAUUAACAAAAGAGUAACGACUUUACCCAUACUGCCCCGGGGCCUGUCGUAACAAUACCAGCACCGGCCCUUGGUUCUAGAAGUGUGUGUGUGUGUGUGUGAGGGGGUGACCAAGGGCUUAAUGAACAAGAGCUAUAUAACCACUAGGAUGGAUCUGUAGUGUGAUAGAUGUGCUGCUGUGUGUUUGCGCAUGCCACCGAGCGCCAUUAGCCAGUUGGCAGCCACAGAUCGAUAAGCAGGAUGUUUGCCACUUCCUCUGUCCUUUCAGACCUUAGUUACUUUUCACAAUGAGGGAAUGUUUGGCCUGUACAUUGCUGUUGCUGUCUGUCUCUGGGUUAUUAGGAGAUGAUGCUGUGUGUUGGUUAUUGUGUGUGUGUAGUAUAGAAGGUCAUGUCUGCUGGUCAGUCUGUGUUACUAACCUCUAGAAGAGCUCUUAUUGACAUUCCUCAAGUCUUAAUAAAACAGAGGACACAUAUCUAGUUUACCAA